AGUGCCACGACUCCACGCAGGCAGCGGCGCCUCUGCUCCGCUCCGCUCCGGGCCCCGAGGCGCACCGGCCGCGGCGAGGACGGCGAGGGAGGCGGCGGCGAGCGGCGCUCAGGCGAGGCCAGGCGAGGUUAAGACAGGGGAGCAAGAAUGGAUUUUUACGACCCUCAGACGCUGGGUGUGAUGGUCUUUGGUGGAUUCAUGCUGGUCUCAGCUCUUGGAAUAUUCUUAGUGUCCACCUUUUCUAUGAAGGAGACGUCGUACGAAGAAGCCUUGGCAAAGCAGCGCAAGGAGCUGGAGAAAGCCAGCCAGCAUAAGGUGGAGAGAAAAAAGAAAGAAAAACCUGCUGAGAAAAAAGGAAAGGCAAAAAGAAGAGAUGAAAAGCCCAAUGGGGGACUACUGGAGCUGGAUCAAGGUUUGGCUGCCUCUGUUGGUCCUCAGGAGAUGAGCCCUGAACCUACUUCAGAUGUUGACCCACCAGGCUUUGAGCAGCCUGUUUCGGUGGUUUCUCCUCCUCCUCCUCCUCCUCCUCUGGAGAAGGAGAAGCAUAGCGUUUCCCCUUUAGACAAGAAAAAGAAGGAGAAGAGAGGGGCAAAGGCCGAGCAGACCCCCAGUCCGGCAGUGUCUUCUUUGCCUAUGGCUGUCUCCCAAGUUCAGGCUUCUGAGGUGCUUCCCAAGGAGGGGCCAGGAGGACCUGCUCUUCCACCAGCUGGGGCUCACCAGAAUGCUCCGUUGACGGAUUCCGUGGCAGUGAAAAAGCCAGAAGUGCCGAGAAACCAAGAGGAACUAAAGCAAGACGGGGCUUCCAAAAAGAAGACCAUUGCCAAAAAGAAAAAAGAACCAACGACUGCUGAUGCUGAUAACGUGCUUUACCUUCCGUACAAGACGUUGGUCUCUACAAUUCAUAGCAUGGCGUUCGGCGAAGGUGAGGCUCAGCAACUGAUUGAAAUUCUGGCAGAGACGGCGGGAAGUCCUCAGGACGUGUGGCACAGGGCAACCCAGAAGAGCGAUCCCGUCGCGGUUCUCAAACGGCAGCUAGAAGAGAAAGAGAAGCAGCUUCUAACUGAACAGGAAAAUGCUACUGCUGCAAAAACUAAAUUGAGGGAACUUUCAAAGGAGGUUGCAGCGGAGAAGGCGAAGGUCCACGUUGCUGAGAACCAGCUGAAGGAGCAGCUGCUGGCCCACGAGCAGGAGAGGGCUGCUCUGCAGACUCGCAUGCAGGCGAGUUACCAGGAUCAUGUGACCGAGACCCAGCAGCUGCAAGGAAAGAUUCGGACACUUCAAGAACAGCUGGAGAAUGGCCCGAACAACCAGCUGGCUCGUUUGCAGCAAGAAAAUUCCAUCCUCAGAGACGCUUUAAACCAAGCCACAAGCCAGACUGAGAGCAAGCAAAAUACUGAACUGGCCAAACUACGUCAAGAAUGUAGCAAACUAAGCAAAGAGCUGACUGAAAAUGUGGAGCUGUUACAGCAGGCAGAGGAGCAGAGAAAGGCCCUGGAGACGAGAGUUGUUGCCUAUGAGGGACAAAUCUGCCAGCUCGAGCAAUCCCAUAAAGAGCAGGAGUCUCCCCUGCAGAAGAGGUUGGAGGAGGUCAGCAAGGAUCUUUGCAAAUCCCAGGUCAACUACCAGAGCUUGCAAGCAGAGCUGGACAAGACAAAAGAGCAGCAGUCGGCUCUGGCAGAACUUGAGUCUCAGCUGCUGGGCUCCAAACUGGAACUGAAGAAUAAGCUGGAGGAGGUCGACAGUCUGCAGGCAAAACUGUCCGAAGCCGCCACCAAGAACGUGCAGUUUGCCGAGAGAGUCCAAUUGCUGGAAGGCCUCCUGGAGGCAAGCCAGGCACGAGAAGCGGAGAAAGGCCAAGAGGAAGCAAACCAGGCCGAAGAGCGCCUGCUGCAGUUGAGGCUCCAGGAAUCAAUGGCGCAAAUCUCCACACUAGAGAAAGAAGCUGCAGAACUGAACAAUACAGUCGAACAGCUGAAAGUAAAAAACAAUGACCUGCGGGAGAAGAACUGGGAGGCCAUGGAAGCCGUGGCUUCAGCGGAGAAGGCAUGUGAAGAGAAGUUGCUCUCAUCAACCAGAGCAAAGGAAACCCUGGAGCAGCAGCUUGGCGCAGUCCAGGCACAGACAAAGGAGGCCCUCUCGUCUCUCCUCCCCCGAGUCAUGUCAGAUGGGCAACAGGGUUAUGAUGAAUGGCUGCAACAGUUUAAGGAAAAGGCUUUAGAAGCCCUGCAACAGAAGAAGAGUACAGUAACAGAGUCUGAUCUGGCACUUUCCUUAAGAGAAUCAGAUGAGGCACGGCAUACCCUUCAAGCAGAAUGUGAUCAGUAUAGGACCAUUCUUGCAGAGACGGAAAGGAUGCUGAAGGACUUGCAGAAGAGCGUGGAGGAGGAGGAGCAGGUGUGGAAAGUCAAGCUGACCGCGUCUGAAGAGGCACUUCAGAAGUCCCAAAACCAAACGAAGUGCCUUGAAGAGGACGUGGAGAAGCUUAAGGCGGAACUUCAGAAUGCAGACAAGCUAAAAGAGUAUACGUCCCUUUUGGAAGCCCAGCUGGAAAAUCACUUGGUGACAGCCAACUCGGAAAGACAAAAUUAUACCCAAAAAGUUGAAGCGUUAGGACAACUCUUAUCUGAAUCCCAAGAACAGCUGGAUGCAGCAAAAGCAGAAGCACUGAAAGAAAACCAGGAGUUUGCACAGUUAAAAGCGCAGCUGGAUCAGACAGAAGUAAAUUUACACAAUGAACGUGUUCUGAGGGAGACGUUGGCAUCAGAGCUCGAGGAAGCUCAGAGUUCAUUGUGUGUCCUGCAAACGGAGCUUGAGAAGCAAAGACUUGAUGGGACCGUGCCUACUUCUGCCCAAGAGGACACGCUGCAAUUGCAGGAAAAAUUGGAAAAGGAGAAGAAGUUAUCAAAGGACUUGGGAUGUGCAGCUACCAAAUUAAAAGAACUUUUGCAAGUCACCCAAGAGCAGCUGGCCAAGGAAAGGGAAGCAGUGCUGAAGUUGCAAGAACAGCUUCAAGAAAGGGGAGAAAAUGAGGACAGUUCAAAGGAGGGAACCUCCGUUUGAUGAAUUCAAAAUCCAGGAUAUGCUUCACCAUACAAAAUGCCUUACACAUUCCUAAACUAGACACAACUUAUUAUAGACAGAGAAGAAAGUCAUUUGUGACUCAAAUUGUAUUUUCAUAUCUUCAAAGGAAUAAAGGUACAUUGCUGCAA